ACCCCCACCCCCCCGUGACGUCACGGUUUACCGGACCCCCGCCCCGUCCCCAUGGCGCUGCGUUUGGCCACCCGCCUGUCGCGCCUGGCCCGGAGCGGUGUCCGGUGGGGGGGCACCGAGCCCCCCCGAGCACAGGUCGCCGCCCCGUUCGACUGGCAGGACGCGCUGGGGCUGGAGGGGCUGCUGAGCGCCGAGGAGCGGCUGCUGCGGGACACGACGCGCAAGUACUGCCAGGAGCGGCUGCUGCCCCGCGUGCUGCACGCCAACCGCCACGAGGUCUUUGACCGGGAGAUCGUGACUGAACUGGGAGAACUGGGGCUGCUGGGCCCCACCAUUCAAGGGUACGGCUGCGCGGGCACCACGUCGGUGGGCUACGGGCUGGUGACGCGGGAGCUGGAGCGGGUGGACAGCAGCUACCGCUCGGUGCUCAGCGUCCAGUCCUCCCUCGUCAUGUACCCCCUCUGGGCCUACGGGACCCCCGCCCAGCGCCAGCGCUUCCUGCCCCGCCUCGCUCGGGGGGAGAUCGUGGGGUGCUUCGGGCUGACGGAGCCCAACCACGGGAGCGACCCGGGGCGGAUGGAGACGCGGGCACGGCACAACCCCGGCGCCAGCACCUACACCCUGCGAGGGUCCAAGACCUGGAUCACCAAUUCGCCCAUAGCCGACCUGUGCGUGGUGUGGGCCCGGUGCGAGGAGGACGGGCGGGUCCGGGGCUUCCUGGUGGAGCGCGGGACCCCCGGGCUCAGCACCCCCAAAAUCGAGGGCAAGUUCUCCCUGCGCGCCUCGACCACCGGGAUGAUCCUCCUGGAUGACGUGGAGGUGCCCGAGGAGAACGUGCUGCCCAACGCCGAGGGGCUGGCGGGCCCCUUCGGCUGCCUGACCCAGGCGCGUUACGGCAUCGCCUGGGGCGCGCUGGGCGCCGCCGAGGCCUGUCUGGAGACGGCGCGGCAAUACGUGCUCGACAGGAAGCAGUUUGGGGGCCCGCUGGCCCGGAACCAGCUGGUGCAGAAGAAGCUGGCGGACAUGGUGACGGAGAUCACGCUGGGGCUGCACGCCUGCCUGCGCCUCGGCCGCCUCAAGGACGAGGGCAGGGCUGCCCCCGAGAUGGUGUCGAUGCUGAAGCGGAACUCGUGCGGGAAGGCGCUGGGCAUCGCGAGGGACGCGCGGGACAUGCUGGGGGGCAACGGGAUCUGCGACGAGUUCCACGUGAUCCGGCACCUCAUGAACCUCGAGGCCGUCAACACCUACGAGGGCACCCACGACAUCCACGCGCUGAUCCUGGGCCGCGCCAUCACCGGCAUCCAGGCCUUUGCCCCGGCAAAGGGGACGUAGUGGGGGACGCAGCAGCGUGGGCACGGCGGGGACGUGGUGGCACCGGCGGCACCGAUGGGGACCGGGUCUGCUCCUCGUGGGAAGGGGUGUGAGGAGAUGGCGGCGCUGACCGGAGCCAGCGUCACCAACCGGAGCCAGGUAUCCCCAGAAGGGAUCCAGUGUCACUGACAGGACCCGGUGUCACUGAUGGGACCUUGUGUCACCAGCCAGGACUCGUGUCACCAAUGGGACUCAGCGUCACCCCAACCAAAUCUCGUGUCACUGGCGGGACCCGGUGGCACCAAGCACAUCUUGUGUCGUUGAUGGGACCCAGUGCCACCGAGUAAACCUCCUGUCCCCAACGGGAAUCGGUGUCACCAACAGGACCCGGUGUCACUCAGGGGACCCCACUGGUGCCGGGCCCCGUGCCCGGUGCCAUCUCAGUGCCUUUGCCAGCCCUGUGGCCAAUAAACGGUGGGACAGCCCCUCCAUGCCA